AUGAUGAGGCACGUCUCCGCAGGGCACCGCCUCGUCGGCAUCAAACCCCGCCAUUACUGUCGUAUAUGCCAAAAUUAUAUAGAAGAACGACCCAAGAUCACCACACACCCGUGCUUGGAACACGCGGUGGCUCCGGUGGUGGAAAUGGCGGGGGCCGUGUUCGAGUGCGUACAGUGCGGAGACAAAUUUCCUACGUCCCGGGGGCUGCAUAACCAUGCCACGACGGCGCAUGCACCGAGGCCCACAGAGCAGGAGGCAGCCGCCGAGCCGGAACCCGGUAGAAGGGUCACCCGCCGAGCCGCCCGAGAACUAAAUAUGAAUGAUUUCCCCCCUGCUAGGCCGCCGAGCCCUGUCGCAGAAGAGGAAGGUGCUGAUCGGGGCGCUGCGAAGAUUUCGGAGGACCUUCGUCUACCCAUCGCUAAACUUUCACAUGAGAAAUGGCCAGUACCCGAAGUAGGAUUGGACAAAGGUGGACGAAGCAGUCAGGGCAGACUUGAAGAGAGUGCUCGACCUGCCAGCAGAGACCUCCCUGCAUGCCAGUUACAGGGAGGUGAAGAUAGCCCCUAUAGUCGUGGGCGCCCUGGGAACAUUGCCAUCCUCCUAGCUGUUGCCGCCAUCGCUCAGGCCGGACUCAUCGCAUCAAUUGUCCCCAUUACAGCCCCAGCCCUCGGCCGGACCCCAAGCCUUGACUAA